UCGAAUUGAACAAAUGUCAAACAUUUUAACUGCAGCUAAAGGUCCUUUGGAAUAAUUUAUAUAUUGCAUCGGAUUAAAAAGAUUUUUUUCGUGAUUUUUAAUAUAAGAUACCAAAGCCGACAUGUCGAAAGUGGAAGUGGAUCCCAAUUUGCCCAUAAUGGAGCAAAUUAAAAUCCUCAUUAAACCACCUCCCUCCGAAGAAGAAAAAAUAACAUUGCGGCCAGUGAAUACCAAGCAUCCAUAUUAUAAACGGCCUGGUCGAGGACACAAUCAUGACCUUUGCGAUGCUUGCGAAGAAGGUGGAGAUCUACUUUGUUGUGAUCGUUGUCCAUCCAGUUUCCAUUUGCAGUGCCACGACCCACCGCUAACAGAAGAAGAUAUACCAAGUGGACAGUGGCUUUGUCAUAACUGCCGCAUGACCCUUAAGCCUACAUCAUCAUCUAAAUCAAGUUCUGUUGAGCGCAGUGCUGCCGGUGCAGUUACCGCUGCACGUACAGAGAGUUCUCGACCAAAUACGCCGUCAGUAGAUGCCGAAUCGGCCCCAUUUAAAUUUCGUAAUUUACGAAAACGCAGCAGUAGUCGUGCAUCUUUUAGUAGCGAUCUGAGCAAUACUGAAAAAUAUUUGUCAAAAUUGCCAGUGGGUAUACAAAGAGCAUUGGAUCCCAACAAAAAGCCUACACCACUUGAUGAGCUGAUAAAAGCUGCUAGUAUAUUAAAUCCGAAGCAAUUUGAGCUGCCGCGUGAACUAGAAAUACAUUCUCAAUUUCCUGGCAAUGAUAAAGUGGAACCUAUUCGCAAGAAUGGAAAUGGAAAUAAAAAACCAAACAAUAUACGAAGGAAUUCUAAACCGUAUGAGCUGGACUCUCAGGGUUUGGUACCAUUGCCAGCUAAAACAUGUUUUUAUUGUCGCAAGUCUUGUAAGAAAGCUCCACUAGUGGCAUGCGACUAUUGUCCUUUAUAUUUUCAUCAGGAUUGCCUAAAUCCACCCAUGACAGCAUUGCCAACUGGCUUAUGGAUGUGUCCGAACCAUGUGGAAAACUUCAUUGAUAAUCAUCUUGUCAACAGCAUUUCAGCAACAGAACGCAUUCGUUUAUGGGAUAAGUUUUCACAACCUUUUGAUCAUGAAUCAGUAAAAAUGGAAUUUUUUCGACGCGUUCACAUGCGUAAUCCUCCCUUUCGCAUCAAAGUGCCAAUAAAAACACGUGAAACAAUUGAAAUUCCUCCAAUGGUCAAGUAUCACUACGAAAAUCCUCCCCCUCUCUUACCGUCAUUACGUGAAACUUUGCGUUACGAUAUUGUUAAACGACGCAAAUGUCUUCCUAGUUCUCCUGAAAUAAUAUCAAAAGAAACUGUAGCUGAAUCAGUUUUUAAAGAUUUGGAAGCUCUCCAAAGUGCCAAAGCUAAAUUUCGCGAGAUUCAAAAGGAGCUAGGUCAAGUAGAUGACUUGAGUAGCAGCGAAGAGGAAGAUAACAAUGUAACAGAAAACACCGACGAUAAAAAGGAUGAAGAUGUAGAGGCAAAAACAGAUAAUGAAAUUACAGACAAAGAAAAAGUCGAAGAGGACGAUAAACUAAAUAAGGUGAAAAGUAAUAAAAAGCGUAGUAAACGUGGAGAUUCUACCAAAAACUGUUCAUCUGAUGUACAAAUCAAAAGCGAAGAGGACGUUAAAAUUGAUAAUGAUACGGAAAAAUUGCCAACAAAUCAAGCUCAGCAACAGCAAAUGGUGGAUAAAAUCAAAAGUGAAGAUGAAGAAGAAACCGACGAUGAAACUAAAUGCAUUGCUGAUAUAGACGCAGAACUUCGUUAUCUAGAUGUUGAUUUAAUAAAGAAGUUAGCAUUUCAACGGGUGCAACAGCUGGUGCAGGAGCACCCAGAAAUUGUAGUGCAAUAUCAGAACCGUACUGCCGCCAAAAGGAUACGUGAACUUUCACAUAUUGAUCCACCACAAGUAUUACCAUCACAAAUACUCUCGCCAGAAGAUGUACGACGUCUAUCCAUAAUGUUUACUGGCGAGACGUCCUCGAUAUUGGCGCAACACCAAAGUGAUAGUGAUAACGACUUGCCACAGUUACAUCCGGCUUUAGCCACUGCUGCUGCUAUUGUUGCUGCGGAUGAGGAAGAGCAGAAAUACAAGCUACGCGUACGUACCGAUGGAGAAAAAGCUUACGAAAUAGCAACACGGCUUGAGCUGAAAUUAUUACGAUGUAAAGUACGUGCACGCGCUGUCCUAACACCGUUAGGUGACAUAUUGGAAGACAAUCGAUGGUUUAGUAACGUUGAGUUACAUUCCUCAUUUUUUAUGCGUUAUCGCAAUAUGCAUAUUGGAUCUGGCCAAACUUCUGUUGAUGUAAACCUUUCCCAUAUUGGACACUGUUGUCGGAUUUCGCCCAAACAUGCAACUAUAUUUUAUGACGAUUUUACAAAAACAUAUGAACUCAUUAAUUACUCAGAGUACGGCACCGAAGUUAAUGGACAGCUGUAUUCUUGCGAUUUUACUGAUUAUGGACCAACGCCGGCCAAAAAGCUUAAAAAUGAGGACAUCGAGUUACAGAAACGUGUUCAAGAGAUUUUAGAUAAACGUCGUGGCAUACAACGUCAACAUUACAUUGUGGACAGAAAUUCAAGAAUGGCUCCGCCAAUGAAACCUGAGUGCAAAUGCACUUUCGUUCAAGAGCCUCCUAUGCUUGCCGGUGCUUGGGAAGGUACGGCUAUACUUACGCAUGGUACUUUAAUACGUUUCGGAUGUUUGUCAUUUGUUUUCUCAAUACCUGAAUUAGGAUCGAGUAAUGGCCAGGGCUAAGAAUUUGUCGUUGUUGGUACGGAUGCGGUUAGCUGCAAUAAGUCUUAAUUUUUAAAAAUGAAAAUUUAAAAAUAGCUUUUAGCAUAUUGUUUUUAAUUUAAAACAAUCACUUAGAAAAUAAUGCAAAAUGUUAUGUUGCUUAUGUUUUAUAAAACAUCAAUACUUUUCAGUUAAAAAUUGCACAAAAAACUCGUGAUGUUUAAUAAAAAAGAUUUUUCGUUUUUUCUAUUAUUAUUUACAUAUUUAUUUCUUAGUACGACACAAAUUAUUUUAAAUAAAAUAACACUCUAAUAUACAUAAAGGUUAGAAACAUAAACUGCUACGUUUUCGCAUUACGUAGUUGCAGUUAAGCGUUCUCAAAGUUGUAAUAUUACAUAUUUAACGAACUAUAUAUAUUUUAAAUAAAGUUUAACUUAGAUGAAUAA